GUUACUCACCAUUAUAGGUGUCAAUCGGACGGGUUCGGGUCGGGUUCAAUCGGGUCGCGGAUUAAUCGGGUUGCGGGUCAAGCAGGUUCAAGUUGAUCGGGUUACGGGUCAAUUGGGUUGCGGGUCAAUCGGGUUGUGGGUCAAUCGGGGUCGGUUCAGUCGGGUUGCGGAUCAACAGGGGUGUGGGUUAAUCAGAUUGCAUGUCAAUCGGGUUCGGGUGGAUCGGAUUGCGGAUUACUCGGGUUACGGCUUGUUCGGUCCAAAUAAUUGAAUUAUUAUUUUUUAAUGAUUAGUUAUUAACCUAUUAUACCUAUCUAAAACAAACUCACCAAUCACUAUUUUGCAAUUAAAAAACAUGAAGGUACAUUAUUAAACAAAUGAAUGGCCAUAAAUUAAGAUGUGGAGAAGGGUUUGUGGGAGAACAUUGCUUUAGAGAGGAAAGCGCCAUUGCUCCCAAAUCUUGAGGUGCAACUGCCAAGUCUUUACUGCAUCCGAGUGUCCAAAUCAACAAACUAAAGAGAACCAACUAACAAAGAAAUAUUUUCUAGUUUACCAAAAUUGGGAUACUUCUCUUGAAAGAUCACCAAAUAGAUGGAGGGGAAUAAUCUGACCAUGUGCCCUCCAUGUACUCGAAAGAAUACAUAAGUUCCAGAAUCAUAAGAUCAAAUAAAUACACAACUAAUAAACAAAAAUCCUUAUUCUUCAAUGCACUGCCCAUAGACAACCGUGAGUAGCAAACUAUAUACAUGUAAGGGUGAUAGAUAUCACAAAGUAGCAAGCAUUCAUUAAUUAAUGUAGAUCAUAUUUAAAUCUAUUCCCUUGGGGUCAAUACACAGAUCAUUGUGGAUGCAUACACUAGUGCUCCUUAAUUUGUAAAGUUGAAGGGAAAUUGAGAUUAUGGAAACAAAACUGAACAUCCUAAGCAAGAGUGGUCAUUUUAGCUUCAAAAUAAACCACAGAACCAAAGGCAACUAAAGGAAAACUAAUAGAUUGAAGACAUCAAGAUCCUCAUCAGUAGGAUGUGCAAGUCAGCUUACAUACUGAAAUCUAAAGACUGCCUUUGCUACAAAUCAUAAAUGCCUUUCAAGUAAAUCCUAUAUGGUUUGUAUGUAGAACAAUUAGACUGCCUUUGCUACAAAUCAUAAAUGCCUUUCAAUUAAUCCUAUAUGGUGUGUAUGUAGAACAGUUUGGUUAAUCUGUCCAUUGAAAUACAACAAGAAUUACUCUUAAACCUGUUGGAAUUUCUUCCUCAAAUUAGCAUCCUGAUUUACAACAAAUAAAUGCUUUUUGUUAUCUUCCCAAACUAUGUCUACUGGUCAAGUUCAUGCACUCUUUUUACUCUUGUGAUCACACCUGCAGGUCAAAAUGUAAGUCUAGUAAGGUCCUUCUGAAACCUCUAAUUACUCAAAGAAGGAGAAUAAUAGUUCCCACAAAGUCCAAAGAGAUCACAUACCUUGCACAUCCCGCAAGUUCAAUCCAUACUUCUAACUAAUGAAGGACGACGUAUCAUUGUUUUGCAGUUCACUUCACCAUCCACUGAAGCAUCUAGGAACUUACUCUGUCUUGUCCGGUAUUGCAGGCCCAGUUCCACCCUGCUCAAUCGAAAUUGUCCGCCAUCAAACUGAACUGAAACCUAAAUGCAACCAAACAAUAAUAGAAAAACAGGAGCAAUUAGAUCCAAAAUCUUGAGGAGCAAGAUCAAGAGUCACCGUUUAGGUGAUAGUCGCACAAGGAAGAUAUAAACCGAACUGUAAGCAAACCUUCCAGCCGAAAUCGGACACUUGCUGGAGUAAGUAGCUAUGGGAGAUAGCUUUCUUUCAAUUCAUCAUCAAAUGUAAUGCUGGCAAAACAACAGUUGCUAAAAGCAAUAAUGGAUGUUUUCAAUAGAUAGGAGGUAUGAAUAUUAUCUACCUCGCUUGCUGUAUCAAAUAUCAAUCAAUCUCACGUCUGUAUUGCAUCUAUCUAAUAAACAAGCUCGUCAAAAAAUGUGGAGGUUCUGGCUGGCUAACAGUCCCAGAAAGAAACUGUUAUAAGUUUACAGUGCUCCAGAAAGCACUUCCAUAUCUUGUCUCUAAGACAGGUUCAUCUUCACCAGCUUGGGAUAAAGGAUCUUGUCAUCCCUCCCGGUGUUGCUUUCUAGCAAUGCAUUUUGAACAAGUUCCUUCCCCAGAGUAUGGAUGAUUACCCUCAUGUCUUCUACCCUAACAAACCCAGCCCUAUUCUGAUCAAAAAACCUGAAAGCCUGCAGCAGCUCCAUUAGUCUAGCCAUUGUUCCUUUUCAGUCCCUUUCUGUGGAUCUUGAGAAUUGGCAAUUCAGGAGUGACCUGAAUAAUUGUUGAAGAUGUGUAACCAUGUUUGCCAGUUAUUCCGGUUACAAACUGAUGGUUCGAGUAAAACGACAUCUCAGCAGAUUGAGGAAGCGGCUCAGAUAUUAGAUACACUAAAAGAAGGGAAAAGAGGUCGAAACUUGAAAUGGAGAGACACCGUCUGGGAUUACAAGAUGACGUUGCGAACCCACUGUUGGGCACUGGCCCAUGGUCAUCUCGACUGAACAAACCAAAGCCGCUUCCUUGAAGCCCAAAGCAGCUCCACGGUCAAAGUCGAGACUACCAAAGGCGUCUUCGCCUUCAUUCCAAUCCCUAAAUCAAAUCAUCGAAGAAGAACCUACUCCCAGAUAAUUGCCAUCGCCAAUCCCUCCUUCAAAUACCUCUGCCAAACGGUCAUCUCAUUGAAGAAGAGAGAGAUCAAGAUGCGCGUCAAAAGCCUAUUUAAAGACCACUCGAUGAAGAAGGUGGCAACGGUUUCCACUGCUCAGGAAGAACUGGUUAGUUCCUAGGGAGAGUUGGAUUGGGUUCUUGUUUAAGUGUCUGGAGUGGUAGAGUUGGGGCUGUUGCCAAGAACUCUACUCAAUCUGGGCAUAGAGCUCUGCUUGUUGUCUCUCUUUUGCUUGUUGUCUCCCUUUACUUCGAGUUUCCCUCUAGUAGAAAUGGGAUAAGGCAUAGCUGUUUAACAAUUGGUAUCAGAGCCCCCUUUUCGUGGAACUUAGUGUUGCCGAGAAGGAGAUCCUCUGCCUUGCUAUGUCUUCUAACUCAUUUCCUACUAGUUCAAAUCCUCCCUGGUUCUCUGGGUCAAAUUAUUCUGUAUGGAAGAAACGAAUGAGACUAUACCUCCGAGGAAUCGACUGUGAAUUAUGGGCAAUUGUCCGCAAUGGACCAAUUGACAUGAAAGAAGACAAUGAGGAGGAUUGGUCAAAUGAACAAAAGAAAAGUGCUCAAUUAGAUUCUAGGGCUAUGCACAUUCUGUUGUCUGCUAUAUCAGAUGAUGAAGGUGAAAGAGUCAACAAAUGCGAAACUGCUAAAGAAAUUUGGACAAUUCUAGAAACCACUCAUGAAGGAACUUCAGAAGUAAAAGAAACUAGAAUUGAUCUACUACUAAAAGAAUAUGAAACCUUUGACAUUUUAUCAGGAGAAUCUAUCUCUGAAAUGGACAAAAGAUUUUCUAGUUUGGUAAAUCGACUCAAAGGGCUAGGAAAAACCUUCUCUAGCAAAGAACUAGUAAGAAAAGUCCUUAGAUCUCUUCCCCUUGAAUGGAUGGCCAAGAGAACUGCUAUAGAGGAAGCUAAAGAUCUAAACAUUCUGUCCUUAGAAAACUUGAUAGGAUCCCUCCUUAGUCAUGAGGAAGUUCUGAAGCAAAUGAACUCUCUUCAUGACAGAAAGAACAAAUCUAUAGCCUUUACUUCUGUGUGUGGUAAUGAAGGACAGAAAAUGGAUGAGGAGUUUGAAAAUGAACUUGCUCUCACCAGCAAAAAACUCCAAAGAAUGAUGAAAUUCAAACAUGAUCAAAAUGCAAAAAGGGGAAGUCAAAGCAAUAGCUAUUCUUUCAGACCAUCUAGAAACAUGCUCAAUCACUCCCCUAGAAACUUUGGACAUCACUCUGGAAGUUCAAAUGACAAAAACUCAUUUGCAACUAACAGACAUGAUACUAGUCCUAAAGAUGUCAAAAGUUCUACUGAAAUCAAAUCUCACUCAACUAUUUGUUUUAAAUGUGGAAAAACAGGUCACAUUAGGGUCAACUGCCCCCUAAACAAAAAGAAGGAAAAGGCUAUGACAGCUACCUGGAGUGACUACAGCUCAGAAGAAGAGGUUGAUAAUGUUGCCUACAUGGGGUUGAACUCCAACAUUGAGGAUGACAAUGCAAAUGAUCAGAAUAAUAAAGGUGCUAACAUCUGGUACUUAGAUUCUGGAUGCUCGCAUCAUAUGACUGGUAACAAAGCUCUUUUCUCUUUUCUUAACCCAAAAAGAGGAGGUAAAGUAUUCUAUGGCAAUAAUAAAUGUGCUUCUGUAGUUGGUAAAGGCACUAUUUGUAGUAAUUCUUCACUUAUUAUUGAAGAUGUACUUUAUGUAGAAAGUUUAAAGCAUAAUUUUCUCUCCAUUAGUCAAAUAUGUGGGUCCACUUAUCGAGUCAUAUUUGAUCCUUUCUGCUGCAUCAUUGAACGAAUCUAUGACAAUGCUGUGAUUUUUAAAGGAAAGAAAAUUAAUAAUGUGUACACUGUUGAUUUAUCCACUCUUGAUUUAUCAGAGGAUAUAUGUUUGAGCUCUAUGUCUGGUCCAGCUAUCAUCUGGCAUAGAAACUAGGGCAUAUGAGUUUAUCUCGAUUGAGUAAACUCACUAAGCUCAAUCUGGUUAGAGGACGGCCUCAAAUUAAGGCAAUUGAUAAUUUCACUUGUGAAGCAUGCAUCUUAGGAAAACAUUGCAAGAAAUCAUUUAAAAGUAAACUGGAAGUUACCACCUCUGCUACCUUUGAUCUAAUACACAUGGACUCAUUUGGACCAACAAAUGUUCAAAGUCUUGGAGGAAAAUCAUAUGUGCUAGCAAUUGUUGAUGAUUUUUCCAGAUUCACCUGGGUUUACUUUCUAUCUUCCAAAGAUGAAGCCUUCUCUAAGUUCAAAACAUUUGUGAUUCUUACGCAAAACCAAUUUGGAUGUCUUGUCAAAAGCAUUAGAAGUGAUGAUGGUGGUGAAUUUAUCAAUGAUAACUUUUGUUGUUUCUGUGACCACCAUGGUAUCAUUCACACCUUCUCUGCACCCAGAACCCCACAACAGAAUGGGGUUGUGGAGAGGAAAAAUAGAUCCCUUAUUGAAUAUGCCAGAACUAUGCUUCUUGAUUUUGAUUGCCCUAAGUUUCUCUGGGCAGAGGCAGUAAACACUGCUUGGUAUGUGCUUAAUCGAACCACCAUUAGAAAGAUUAUUAAUAAGACUCCCUAUGAAAUAUUAAAAGGAAAAAUACCUAAGUUAUCCUACUUUCAUCCAUUUGGAACCAAGUGCUACAUUCUGAACACUAAGGAUCAAAUUGGAAAGUUUGACGCCAAGUCUGAGAUUGGUAUCUUUCUUGGUUAUUCCAGUAAAGGUCAAGCAUAUAGAGUCUUUAAUAAGAAGUCAAGGAAAGUGGAAGAGUCAAUUCAAAUUAAGUUUGACUCAUCUCAUCCAUCACUACCCUUGCAUUCAGAUAUAAGCAACUAUGACUUUCUUCCUCUUAGCUCUUAUCUUGAGACAGGAGAAACCUCCAACAAAGAGGAUUCUGCCCCUCCAGUUGCAUCUUCUGAAACCGAUUCCUCUGUGAAUCCUGAAGCCCCCUGCUCACAUCAGAAGAAGGCACCCUCCUUCUCAAAUUAUAGGUAAUAUAUCAGAUCCCAUCCACAACCAGAGGUAAGUACACCCCAGGUCAGUAUGCCUUUGUUUCCUUACUCGAACCAAAAAACUAUAAGGAAGCCAUACUAGAUGAAGAAUGGUUACUUGCCAUGCAAGAAGAAUUAUCUCAUUUUAUCGGACUAAAGGUCUAGGAACUUGUUCCUAGACCUGUAAACAUAUCUGUCAUAGGAACUAAGUGGAUAUUUAGGAAUAAAUAUGAUGAAUUAGGCUUUAUCAUUAAGAACAAAGCCCGCCUUGUUGCCCAAGGGUAUAGUCAAGAGGAGGGAAUUAAUUAUGAGGAAACCUUUGCCCCUGUAGCUAGGCUUGAGUCAAUCAGACUACUUUGUGCUUAUGCAAGUCUUAUGAACUUUAAACUCUAUCAAAUGGAUGUAAAAAGUGCAUUCCUGAAUGGUGAAAUUAAGGAAGAAGUGUUUGUUGAACAGCCUCCUGGUUUCAUUGAUUUUGAAUUUCCAGACAACUUUUUUAAGCUUUCAAAGAUCUUUAUGGUCUCAAACAAGCCCCCAGGGCUUGGUAUGAAAAGUUGACAUCCUUUCUCAUAACUCAAGGGUUCUGUCAAGGAGGAGUUGACAAAACUCUUUUCAUUAAAAAGAAAAAUGAUCAUUCCUUGAUAGUCCAGGUGUAUGUAGAUGAUAUUGUCUUUGGCAGCACUGACCCCAAUAUGUGUGAUGAAUUCUGCUCUACCAUGAAAAACCAGUUUGAAAUGAGUCUCAUGGGUGAAUUAACCUUCUUUCUUGGUCUACAAAUCCAUCAAACUAAUACUGGAAUUUUCAUUCCUCAAAUUAAAUACCUACAAUCUAUGCUAACCAAAUUCAACUUGAUGAAUGUCAGCCAUGUAAAACACCUAUUGCUUCAAAUUCUCAUCUUGAUCAUGAUAUUGAAGGGCAAACCUGUUUGUGAAAAAAGGUAUAGAGGGAUGAUUGGUUCUCUGUUGUAUCUUACAGCUAGUAGACCUGAUAUUCAGUUCAGUGUUUGUCUGUGCGCUAGAUUCCAGAGUCAACCUAAAGAAAGUCACAUGGUUGCCGUAAAAAGAAUUUUUAGAUAUCUAAAAAGCACUCAUGAUCUUGGAUUAUGGUAUCCUAAAUCUGAUGGUUUGUCUUUAAUUGGAUACUCAGAUUCAGACUUUGCUGGUAGCAUCACUGAUAGAAAGAGUACCAGUGGUGCUUGUCAAUUUUUUGGGGGGUCUUUAGUGUCUUGGUCAAGUAAAAAACAAGGAUCUGUGCCCUGUCAACAGCAGAAGCAGAAUAUGUUGCUACUGGCAGUUGUUGCACACAAAUCCUGUGGUUAAAAUCUCAACUAGCUGACUAUGGUCUUUGUUUUGAUAAAAUCCCUGUCAUGUGUGACAAUACCAGUGCCAUUUUUAUGUCUAAAAAUCCAGUUCACCAUAGCAGAACCAAACACAUUGAAGUCAAACAUCAUUUCAUUAGAGAUAUAGUUCAAGCUGGCUCGUUAGAAAUAAAUUUCAUAUCCACUGAAUUUCAAAUUGCUGACAUUUUCACAAAGGCUCUGUCUUCUGAAAGAUUUAUUAAACUCUGCGAUGAACUUGGGCUACAGCCUCUGCACUCGAUUCAGAAUGGGCAUUAAACCAGGUUCUAUCUUUCCUUGUUCUCUUUCAAAUUCCAAUAAAUGUCUCAUUUAUAC